GCAAUCGUCACCACCUUUUCUCAUCUCAAACAUUGUGGUGUAAAAAAGAAAAAAACUUCCAUUGAAAGCAAAAAGAAAGAUGGGUCUAAGCCGUUUUGCAAUUUCAAAUGCAACAAAGCAGAUAUUGAAGCUAAACUCAUUGGCAAACAGAAACCGAACAUCAUCAUCAUCAUCGGAUCAUGUCCCUAAAGGACACGUAGCAGUUUACGUAGGAGAACAGAUUGAGGUGGAGAAGAAGAGAUUCGUGGUUCCAAUAUCGUUUCUGAAUCAUCCUUCCUUCAAAGAGUUUCUUAGUCGAGCAGAGGAAGAGUUUGGAUUCAAUCAUCCAAUGGGAGGCUUGACCAUUCCUUGUAGAGAAGAAGUUUUUCUUGAUCUCAUCGCUUCUCGGUUACAUUAAUAAGAAAAGUUGGAAGGUUUUUAGGAGAAUUAUAUUGUAUUUAUAGAUAUCUUGAGGAUUCGUUUUCUUGAGAUUGAGAAUGUAUCUUUUCAUCAAUUUUCAUUCCAUGUAUAUUUUUUUUUAAUCAUGGAGAAUCAGAAGAUGAAUUGAUAUAUUUCUGAGUCUUAA